AUGUCGGCGAGCACGCACGGCCAUCUGAAUGGCACGCUAAUUGUGCUCCUCGGGUUCGGUCGAGCUCACGGCGUCUAUGCAAAUGGCCAAGAAGAGCUUGAAGGAAAUCGGGGGAACUAACUUCUCAAUCGUCCUUUUUUCCCAGUGCAAAAAAAGAACGGAUUGGAAGCCAAAUUGGGCAGUUUGCUUCUUGAAUGAAAGCAGAGGAAGUCUCAAAUGUCGCCUUCGGAGACUGCGAAUAGAAUCUGAAAUGGGAGCCGGACGUUUCAUUGAUUCCCUGUUUCCGCAUUCUCUUCACUUUCGUAUCAUUUUUUCAUCGUUUUUUUAUUUGAUUCGAGCGAAAAUCAACUUUUGUAGUCAGAUUUGUCGAUGUGAGUUGAGUCUCGCCAGCCAUGUUGGCGCUGAUCUUCCCAUGGCGAAGGUAAUCCCGGCAAAACGUUUCUUUGUUGAGUUUUAUUGAGAAAUAGGUCCAAUAUCAUCCCUAUGAGCUCUAAUUUUUGUUCAUUCUGUUUUGGAAAUGUAGCGAAAAUAGUUCUUUGAAAUAGGAUCUCAGCACUCUUUUCCUAGUCCGAUCGUUUCAGACAUUUCUAAAUUUUUUUCCAUUUUCAUGAAAUGGAAAUGUUUAUUAGGUCAUUCAUACCAGAUAUAUUCAUAUUUCCAAAAUUUCAUAUACAAAACUUAACCGAAAUGUUUUUUUGCGAGAAUUUCGAAGGCAGAAAAAGGAUGAUACUGAAAAGUCCUUACAGGUAUAGUCUGUGUGCCACGACUUGAAAUUUCACGGAACGGCAUUCCGCUGUGCCGCUGCGCGCCUUUGCGAACCUUGGCCGCGCUUUUAAUUUUUUUUUUUUUAUUAAGGUACUCUACUUUCAUUUGCUCCCACAGCAGUAACAAUCAAUUGAAAGCGUGACCUAGAUUCGAUAAACGCUUCGCGAAAGCACGCAGCGGAACAGCGGAAUGUCGUUCCGUGAAAUUUCAAGUCGUGACACACAGACUAUAAGAAGUCCAUCAAAUAGAAGACAAGUUCAUGAAAAAGUUUAAAGCAAAAUGUCCAUUUCGCAGGCCUGGAUGAGAUGGAUAACCUAGAAACAGUGAGGAAAAUUUGAGAAUUUGGAAAUCGUGUGAAAACUGAUCGAUUCAUCUGAAAUUGGAUAAAAUAUUUAUUAAUCGAUAGAGCUGAAAAUUAACUUUGUAAGAUAUUUUGAAGCGUUUUAGUAGUUAGUCAAAAGAGUUUUUACAAGCAAACUUUUCCUGACUAAAGAAGUCUAUGACUAGACUAACUUGAACUUUUCCAGAAACAAAUCGGUGAUUCGGUCGACCGGCGGGUCCUAUCCGUAUCCGCGGACCCACACCACAAUGAUGGUUGUUCCGUCGACGCGGCCUAUCGCUCCAGAAGAUCGGCCUCCAAAACACAAUGUAAUUUUUAAAAAUCUUGAUUGAUAUGGAAGCAGUACCGUUCGAAAAUUCAGUUUAUUGUUCAUGAAGUUAAUCAAUUUUCUACUGUAUUUAGUAGAGUGUUCAGAUUUUGAUGGCGUCAGCAUUUCUCUAGGCACGCGUUCUGAAGCGAGCAGAUGAAUAAAUCAUAAGCUUUUAUUUUGGUCUCUAAAAGCCCGCUAUCCAGUCACAGAAAACUAAAUCUAUACUAUAAGAUUUCAAACUGUAUUUAUACUGAGAUGAGGGAUGGGAGCGUUUUAAAUGAGUUCUCCGACAUGUGAUAACUUUUUAUAUUUGGCUUUGAUUGAUCUAUAAAAUUCAAGUUAGUUAGGGUUCAAAAGAAGAGAAGUGCUCAAGUCAGAAAAUGAAAUACUGAACGGCUCGCAGCAAUAGAGUUAUGAAAAAAAAAGUUUUAGCCCUUUUUUAAUUUCAAGGAAUCUCUUACUUUUCCGAGCUGUCGCUUGGUUUUCCCCUCUCUUUUCCUUUUCGGCCCCUUUGUUGAAUUCAGACGUUCAGAUUUAAUUAACAAGCAGCAAAAUGCCCUCAGGCCGUUCUCCUUCACGAGUAUAGAGCAAUCGGCGCGGCGAAUGUCGUUCCGAAUUUGGCGAAAUUGGCUCGGCAAAGGUUUAUUGCCGUCCUUCCGUGCCAUACAAUAAAAGCUCAGAUCCAAAAAAAAGAACAUAAAUACGUUGUCGCCAAGGGCAACCCACCAAUACACAUAAAUGUUUUGUAAAAAUGAGAGAUUUUUCUGGUUUUGUUGUAGUCGAAUGUCUCGGAGAAAGACGUAGUACAUUCACCGCCAGCUUCUCUUUUCCAAACUUGUCGAGAUUCCCAUCAAAUUUCUCAACACAGAAUUCAGAGAACUGUAUCAUUUAAACGAGAAUGUGUCUCAAAAAACAGCUAAAAGUGUUUUCAUUCCAAAAUCGUUCCCUAAAGAGCUUUGCUUCAUGCGUUGAUUUGAUUUUGCCCCAAAACGGAGCAUUUUCUCACUCCCAUCAUUUGCACAUUUUACAUAUCCAAACAAUGGCCGUAUCGUUCAUUUCAAUUUUUUUCUGUUUACUUCGAAAAAUCCUUUUGUUUUUUAAUACUUUUUACUUUUAAGUUUGAGAUUAAGGAGAAAGUUAAUUUAAUUUUUUUAAGCAAGCCGAAAUCACCUUAUUUUUUUUCGUUAUUCUCUCUUAUUCUAUAGAGUCGCCAUAAAAAAGAGUUCUAUUUUUUACUGCAUUUUGAAACACUUUUUUUCAAGAUCAAAGCCUUAAGAAUCAGAAUGGGUGUUUAAAAAGCGACAAGAAGCGGUAUACCGAUAGGUAACCUGAGAGGUGAGUGGACAGCCGACUGCACCUUGGGCAAAUAUAUCGACAUAAAUCUAAUCUUUUUCGCUCGGUGACCCUUUUCUUUGCUUUCUUGUCCAGCUGCCUAUUUGUUUUUGGGUGGUGAUUGUUGGCAGUGAUAUCAGUCCUUCCAUUCUUCCUGUUCUUUUCAAUUCAUCAGAUCUUUUUUUGAAAUUCCUUGUGAUUCAAAAAAAAAAGCUUACUUUUGGUGGCAAAUUCUGAAAUUAAAAAAAACAUAACUAGAAGUUGACCUUUUUUGGAUUUCGAAUGUUGAAAUAAUUUUUGGUGCAAAUAAGCCUUUUUUUCGAAUCAUUAGUAUUAUCACAAUUUGAGCUGUUAUGACUCAUUCUGUGAUUGGUUGUACAUUUCCAGAUCCUGAUCCGGAGAAGGCCACCGUUGAACAGAGCGAUUCCGCCGAUCCCCGAGAGCAAAAGUAACGAGUCGAUCAUGAGCCACGCCUCUCGCGUUUCUGAAAAGGUUUUGAGGCUUUUUCCGAGAUUUUAUCUCGGUAUUGAAAUAUUCGAAGCGUUCAUGACAUUUCAAAGACUUGUGGGGAUUAUAUUCGUUUCAGAAUUUGAGAGAAGGAUUUGGAAUCAAAUAUACGAUUCUGUGUAGUUUUUUGGGGUGUGUUUUCUGAGACAUUUUGAUUUCGUUUUUUCCAUUGGAAGUUAAUAGCUUUCUAUUUUUCAUUUCGGAUAUUCAAAACCAUCUCAAAAAUUUUUAUAUUUUUACACUUUGAAUACUGUUUCUCAUUAAAUAUAGACUUUUUCAGCAGAACCACCGGAAACUGUCGGAGGAGCCGACGACAGGUGACCUCGUUAUCGAGAAUCGGAACGUCGUCGACAUGCUGAACCGGCUUGACAACGCCGCCAACGUCAGUUAUAAUUUUCUCUUUUUAUUUUCUCCGUCGUUCUGAGUUUCUUCAUUGUCUGGCGUUAUACUGACUAAACUAUACAACAGUAAAACGGGAUUAGCAGUGGCGCAGAGAUUCUCCACGUACCGCGACGAGGUCUUUUCCCCAUUGAAACAUGCCCGGUCGAAUUAGGCUUUUUGAAGAGAGUGACACGUUGCCCGAAAUUCGUUCCUCUGUGAUUCAUUUUCAUUUUUAUUUUUUUCCUUUGAGGUUUUUCAAGCUUUUUCUGGACAUCCAUAAAUUUUCUUUUUUUUUCUGCUUCUAAAAUCUGUUUGUUUGACAGAACUUUCUUCUCAUGGCACUUUGAAUAUUCCGGUGUUUAACAAAGUCUUUGAAUCUAGAACAAGUAGUUUUUUUUUUAAUAGAAAAUUGAUUUCUAAUCAUAAGCUUAGAGUGCAGAGUUCAAACUCAAUUAUGUCUAAAUAUGGAGAAGCUUUGAAAAUUGAGAAGCCUUUCUUUCCUACAGUCUGAAAAUAAUAUUUGAUUCAACCUAAUAUAAUAUAAUUUAUUUACAGGCAGAACAAAAUAACAUGUACAGAAAAAAAAGAAAAAAUUGGCAAUAAGCCUGAAAUAAAUAAAUAAAAGGCACUUGAGGCCCUCACGAGCCUCUGAGCCAGUAAUGAAGGAAUAAGAGGUGAGGAUUGCACAAAGGUAAAAAAAGUAAAUAGAAAAGAAAGCAUUAUAAGUUAUGACACAGUGUAGCACAGGUGAAUGGGGAAUUUAAUUGUUUGUGAUGAUAUAAACGCAUAAGAUGGAUUAGAGUAGGGCUGAAGCACGGAUACCUGGUUGAAGCACGGGUACCUGGUUCAACGGAGUCUUGUUUUUUUUUAAAUGUAUUUUUUUGAAAAAAAUCGGUUUCCAUAUGAUAUGAAAAAGGGCUUCUCAGUUUGUAAACUAAUGCGUUUUGAUAAUAGAUCUCGCAUUUCUCAAUUUCAAUUUCUGUUGCUCAGUCUCUCUUGACAGACUCCUCCAACUUAAUUUAUUUUUAGUUAAUAAUAAUAUUUUAUUCACUGCCAAUCAGAAUAAUUAAAUGAGAUUUAAAAACAGAAUAGAUCAAUGCAAAAAAAAAAUCAAAGUCAGUACUACCUUAUGAGGAUAAAUUUUUUUUUUGUCAACGCUACCUCAGAUUGAAAAUUAUUGUAAACCUUGUUUCUCAAAACUUUUGUAAGUCAAACAACUUCCUUAUCUAUUUUAGGGUUUGACCUGCCCUUUUAUGCUUGUCCUUGAUUUACCGAAACAGCCAUCUGUAUCUUGACAUGAUUUGAAACACGCUGCUCAAUCAUUCAUUCCUCGACUUCUUCCAAUCGGACGCCGUGUCAAUUGUGUGGUGAUGCGACACGUGUAAUGGCUCGAAGGCCGGGCCUUGUUCCGACUCUCAGGGGACCGUUUUCGCCUGGCUUUCUGGUCGUCUUCUGAUUCUUCUACUUGCGAGCUGUCCCCCAGACUCUUUAUAAAUUGCCUCAGCUUCUGCUCGGGCAAAACUCUUUCCAAACAUGUUGUCUAGUACAUUUCAAUUGAAAUGUGAUGUUGAUUCGGUGAAAACGAAGUGAGAGUCCUUUUUGCACUUUUAGUUGAGCUUUGACUUCUCUCCGUGCUCGGAACGAUAGUUAUCCUGAUUUUUGAGUUAACUUCCAUUUUUCUGUUAGCUUUUUUCAUUCUUAAUGUUCUUAGCUCCGUUCUUUGUGUGUUUUAAUUGUUGAAACAGGUUUCUGAUUGGAAAUUCUCGUUUACCAGUGCUUUAAAAUAUAAUUGAAGUUUUUUUCAUCUACAUUCUCUGUUUUAUUUAAAAACCAAUGUUUUAAUUAUAUGUUUUUGGUUAGAUUCAUCCCACUUCAGCUUGAAAUAAAAUUUUUAGGUUCUUAUUUCCUUUUUCGACGUGGAGUUAGCUUCUGUUUAGAGACGUAGUCUAAAUGUUCAACCAGAAAGCAAUUGCUGUUAAAAUUUUCAAUUUCGAUAUCCCUGGUUAGAUUAUCGUCAGGCCGAAGAUGGAACUCGUAUAAAGGAAAAGUGAGAUUUUCACACAAUUUACUUACCAAUUUCUUGCACUACUCAAAAGAAAAGUUCAACUCUUUUUUGUUGAUCAAUUUUUUCUCUUCAUUAAGUAUUCGCUGGCUCAUUAAGUCACGACGAUGUUCUCAUCUCACGCCCCUUGGACAGCCACUUUUUGCCCUUUUUCUUCGUUUCUCGAAGAAAAUCAUUCCGUUUGUAGAUUCCACGAACAAAAAAGACGAUGUCGUCAGCGACGUCGACGUCGACGCCCAGAAGCCCUCUGAUGAGCGUGGCGCACUCUGUGAAGAACAAAUUGACGAGGAUCACGCAUCUUGGAAAAUCGACAACUGAAGGCUCCAGAAUCCCGUCGACGUCGUCAACCUCGAACAUCAAGACCAGCCAGAGCUUUUCAGGGUGAGCUCGUGAUCUUUUUUGAAAUACAAAAAAUGAGAAUGAGCUUGGAAGUACUUUGAAUUGCUUCGAGAUACGUCUUGAUAGUUUUUAUUUCGUUAUCCUGACUGAUUAAAGCGUGAUACAUUCGGUAUUUGAAACGUCACGGUCUUGCGUAGAAAAGUUCGGAGCGUAGCGGUAGCUUUGCGGUUGGAAUCGGGUUCACAGCCGAAAAAGUUUUUUUUUUUUCGUUCGAUGUAUUGAUCAACAUCCUGGAGUAUUUUUUUACUGAGUUAAGAUUAUUUCAUAUUUUUUACAUUUUCUAAGACUUCAAAAAAGUAGUUUGAAAAAAGGGCGUGUGAAGUACAGUAUUUCGAAAAGAGGUGCUCCAUGGAUAAUUCACGAACGAGAAAGGAAGCGUUCAGAAAUUUGCCAGUCCAUUUUCCGCGCGGAUUCUCGGUAAUCCUUUCUGCUUUUUUCUUUUGCAAAAUACCUUUUCUCUCUGUUUGCUCACAGCUCCCAUACCAAACUUUGAAGUGAGUGGUGGGACAUAUUUGGGAAUGGAGGAGACCGAGGGAGAACAUGAUGGAUUGGUUUCGCAUAACGUCGCGACGAGGCAUCCUCUCGAAUAAAUUCGUCUUUUUGGACGGCUGCCGCAGGGGCUUUUGCCUGCCCACCGCGGUGAACAAACUCAAACCAAAACCAAGCCAAAACCAAACCGAGUCAAAAGCCAACGACUCAAUGCGCAGGAUUCGGCCGCCGAAAAGCGUUCCCAAAAGGAUCGACCAGAACGCGAACCGCGUCAUCAAGUCUUCCUCGAUGGACGUCCCCAAGCAGGACCAGAUACCUUCCACGUCCAAGGUUCGUUCCUAACUUCAUGCUCUUUUUUUUCUUUAUCCACAAGAAGUCAAUUAUUACUUUCCAGUCAUCUGAAAAAAGAUCUACAAGAAAAAUGGUUACCCAGUUCUUUUUUCCAAUUGUUGGCUUCAGUAAAUUCGAUGUAUGCUACCAAUUUAAUUCAAUACGAUGUCGAUUUUGAAAAGAGUGGUUUUGAUGCUGUCUGGAUAGAACUGACAUCGAAAACGAACAUCCUAUUCUUUUAAUCAUUUUUUGAUACUUCUGAAGUUAUAAAAAAUUACAAAGUCAUAAAAAGUGCUAAAAAAGAAAUUGUUUAAGUUAUUGAAACCUUGGAAGAAAUGAUAAUUUCAGAUGAGAAAAAAAGUUCAAAUUUUUCAGGUCUCGCUGCCGCAGAACCCCAAGCCUCUAGACGACAAGAUUGAAGAGGUCUCUGAAGCAGGUCUAAUCCAAGCCACCGAGCUGGCCAAACCUCGCGAAGAACACGUCUGCGUCAAACUCGAAGAAGACGUCCUCGUCGUGAUGAAGGAGUUCGAGGAGAAGUAUCCUGGGUAGGAUGUCCUGCAAAUGUUUCGACUUCUAUGUUUUUUCAGCCAAAAACGUUCCGUCAGCCCCGAUCCGCCAUUGUUCAUCGUUUCUGAAACGACGACAAAAGUUCCGACCGUGCCCGACAUCAUCGAGACGGUAUAAUUUGUACUCUAACUCUAUUGGAUUCCAUACUUUUUUUGUCAAAAAAAUUAGAUAUGAGUGUUUUUCUUCUCAAUUUCUGGAUUCAUUCAAAGAAGUUUCUCUUUUAUAACUAUAAAAAAAACAUCAACAAAUAUCACGUUUGGCUUCAUUUCUUGAAAGCGUCGACACGUGUCUCACUUCCGCCUUUUUUUAUCAAAACUUAAGUUUGGUAGUAUUUUUAUAUUCUACGGGUUUCUGAAAUUCGCUUCGAAAAAAACUUCGAGCAUAAAUCCUAUAUGGAUAUAAUUCCUAGUGUUUUUUUUUCUGAGCUAAAUAGAAACUAGCCGUGAUUUCUUUACUGGAAUAGAAGAAAAACUUUUUCAUAUUUUAGAGUACAUUAAUUCCAGAGAAAAGAAGAAGUGAAAAUAAUGGACCAGAAUGCCAAUCCAAAAACUCCUGGCGUCACUAGGAAGGUCUUCACGACCACGACGACGACCACGGAGACGUCAAGAUCAUGUCGUCCUUCCAUGGGGGAAUUCCUUCUGGAACGGACUCGCGAAAUCGAAGGCGGAGAAUUAAAACAACAUUGUGACAAAGAUGUCGCGCCGGCGUCACAGCUUGAGCGACAAGUGAACGCCGAGCCCAAAAAAGUGCAGCUGAACGAGGAAGCGAAACCAAAGGAGAAGUUCGUUCUCUGCGUCCGAACGCCGGAAGCUCUUCGGAGACACCAUACUUUUGCCAUUCAAGACAGGCCCAAAACCGAAACCAAAAUCACCAAAAGUCAUUCUGAUGUCCACGUCAGCAAGCGGAAGUUGGUCAAGCAAAAGUCGGUUCCGGAGACUUUCACGUCUCCGGAAAGAUAUAUUUUGACUAUCAAGACGCCUGAAGCUCUCAGAAAACAUAACGUAGUGACGAUUGGAGAGAAGGUUGUGGUUGAAGAGCCGGUGGUGGAGAAGAAGAAGGUGACGAUUGAGGAGAAGGCGUUGGAGCCAGUACCCAAGAAGAUGGACAGGGAAAGAUUCGUACUCGUGCUGAAGACUCCAGAAGCGCUGCGAAGACAUCACACCUUCACUGUCGGAGACCGUCUUCCAAGUCCCGACUAUCCUUACAUUGAAGAAGGCGAACUGACGGAGCCGAUCGCCACGAUUGGCCCGCCGGCAGAGCGACGAAGGAAGGAGGAGAAGAAGGAAAUGAAGCGAAGGGAAUGGGAAGAAAGUCAGAAACCUGUGGAGAAGUACGUCAUGACUACGACCACGCCGCUCGCCAUGAGAAAAUUCCAAACUUUUGUCGUGGAACCCAAGGAAAACAAGAUUUCGACGUCGGUUAGUGCAGACGCGGUGGUUUCGGACCGUCGGGUUAAAAGGUGAUUUUUGAAUUAGUUUUUUUUCAGCGGUGCGUUUUUCUCGUAAGAAAAGUUUUAGAAAUUUCUAAAAAUCUAUAUAAAAAGCAUGAGCAAAAAGUCAUCAAUGUUUUACGAUCUGCAUUUCAAGAUUCUUUUCAAUGGAAAAUAAAUAAAAGUUUAAACGAUCGCUUCUCCAUUGAGAGAAAGUGGGCGUAGUCUCAUUGAAAAUGCAUGUGUAGACUAUUUUUGGAGAAUUCCAGCAUUUUCACUUGUUUUUUUUCAAAUCAUUGUUCUGAUAGUUCCCAUGCCACAUGUUAUUUUUAAAUUUUCGUCUAUUCUAUAGAACUUCUUACCAUUAGAAGUACCUUUUCUAAAAUUUUUUUAAUGUCAAAGUAAAAGUUAAAAGUUAAGCUGGAAGUUUAGGUCCGAAUCGACAGACUCGAAGAAGCACGCCUUCCUACGUCGGCUGCAGUUCGACCUGUUCCGCGGCAGAAGCAGGACUCGCGACGGCGACAAAACCCGGCGACAACAGUCGCUGGACGAGAGAAAGCCGCCGUCAGCCCAGAAAUACGUCCUCUCCACCCCGACUCCCGUCAUGAUGCGCAAGUACCAGACCUUCGCCGUCACAGAGCCAAAGAAGACUGAAGACGUCGUUGCCGAAAUCACGAGUGCCUACAAAACGGAAGAAAAGGAGACGACGUCUCCCGUGAAGGUCCAGGACUUCUACUCGAUCACGGCGACGACGCCAGUCACCAAGAGAAAGACGCCAACGGAGCUGAAGACGCCGUCACCUGAGCCGAGGAAUCUGUUCGUGAUGGGUGGGCGAAAGUCGCCGAGAGAAGAGAAGAAGUCGGAGAAGAACAAGCAGUUGUUGGAUCCGGAGUCGCCGAAUCUGAGCAGAUCGGAUGUGGCUGAACGGUUGGAGAGGAAGUCGAGCUUCGUUUCGGUUAGUUGAGAUCUAGUUUUUUUGAAUUUUUGUUUUUCUGGGAGGAAUGAUUCAUCAGAUGCUUGAAACUUUUGAAACUUUUUGAACUUUUUCCAAAAAUGUAACUUUGGAAUUUUGUUCUCAACAGUUUUAGAGGCAUCACAUGAACCAGUUCACUUUGCUUUCCACUUUACUUUUUACUCAAAAAACCUAGGUUUUCCGAUAAUUUGUCCAAAAAAAUUCCGGUGUACACUAAGAAUAACUGACGAGAUAAACGCGAGCUCGGUGGCGGUACAUUGACGAACUCGCAAAAAUGUCGCUUUUUUCUAGGCGCGAUCCCGCAUUUCUCUCGGCGCGACCUCGCAUUUUUCUCGGCGCUAUCUCGCAUUUAUCUUGCAUUUCGGAAAUUUUCAAAUUGCGAGAGAAAUGCGAGCUCGCGCCUAGAAAAGUGCGAGCUGGCGCCCAGAAAAAUGCGAGACCGGCGCGAGAAAAAAAGCGAGAUGUUUGCGAGCUCGUCAAUGUACCGCCAGUGUCUCGCGUUUAUCUCGGCAGUUAUUCUUAGUGUACUAGGUUGAGAUUCGGAAGUCUCAAUCUUCAGAUCUUCCUGUUCUUUUAUGGGUGCCUCAGCUUCGCUCUUUGUAGACAAUAAAAAAAAAUUAAAUCCUGAAGUUUUUUUUAAACAAAAAUUAGGGAAUUGUACAGUUAUAAAAGAAUACAAAAAUCUGACAGGCACACUAAGAAUAACUGACGAGAUAAACGCGAGGUCGGUGGCGGUACAUUGACGAACUCGCAAAGAUGUCGCCUUUUUCUAGGCGCGAACUCGCAUUUUUCUCGGCGCGACCUCGCAUUUAUCUUGCAUUUCGGAAAUUUUCAGAUUGCGAGAGAAAUGCGAGCUCGCGCCUAGAAAAGUGCGAGCUCGCGACUAGAAAAAUGCGAGACCGGCGCGAGAAAAACGCGAGAUGUUUGCGAGCUCGUCAAUGUACCGCCACCGACCUCGCGUUUAUCUCGGCAGUUAUUCUUAGUGCAUAUAAGUUUAAUAUUAUAUAGAAAUUUUCAUUCAAUGAUCUUCACGGAAAAGCCUUUUUCUGGGAGAAAGAAUGGAUGGAAUGGUAAUGGAUUUCAGGGCGAUUUGACGUCGCCGGAAGAGGAGAUUCCAAUGGACACGAAUAUGACGCCUACAACCGAGGAAGUCGACGAGCCCAUUAUUUCGCGGCACAUUACCCACGACGUGGUGUUGGCGUCGCCGAUCGUUGAGGAGAACGAGAACGUCUCCGUCUCGAUCCAGAGCUCUGUCCAACGAGUGGAAGUCGAGGCCAAACCUCGUUAGUACCUCCAUUAUACCCAAUCGAACGAAACCGUUCAAACUUCAGCCCCAGUGUUCACGCCUCCGAGUCCACCCAAAGAAAGGUAUUCGCCGUUGACUUCGCCUGAGACUUCCAGCCGCACUUUAAAGGUAAGUUUUUUGAGAAAAAAAUUGAAAAAGUAAUUCACAUUAAAAGCAUAUAAGUCAAGAUUUUCUACUUUUUUGUGCGAGGUUCAUAUUUCUCAAAAAACUUUCGAAGAACGUUGUCAUUGAAAUUUUCCUAAAUUUUAUAAGUUACGCGACCCAAGGGCAAAAAUCCGUUCUUCAACAAGUUCCGAACGAGUUUUUUCAUCAACUGAACCAAAUGAACUCUUCCAGGCCCCAACACAACUGAACGUGAAGAAAAUGGAGGCUCCUACGCCGACGAUGAUGAAGAAGAAAGCGGAUGAAAAGAAGGUAAGGGUUGGGGUUCUCGAAAUUAGAUUAGGAAGGAAACCAUCGGAGGAACGGCUUUUUUGCAGACGCCUGCCCCGACGCAAAAGAAGGAGAAAGAACGGACGCCCAUCGCCUCAAAGUAUGUUUCUUUCUGGUUGCGGACAUUUGGACCGCAGUACAAAUGACCUUUGCGAGAUCCUUCGGACAAAAAAAUAUUUUUUUUUUUUAGCUAUUUUUGACUUUUGACUUUUUCCGGCUUAUGAAAAUGAUCGUAACAGCUAGACCCAUGAGUUUUCUGGAGAUGUUUCGAAUCUUCUUUUUUUCAUACCCAAAAUAAUUUUUCAACUAUCCACUUUUUUUCUUUGAGAUAAUUAACGAAGCUCUCCACAGUAGAAGAAAGUUAGCUCACCGUUAUCUUCUUCAAAGAUUCGAAAAAUUAUAAUAUCAAACAAAAACAAGUUCAAAAAACAUGUGCAAAAAGUGCCGUUUAUCCCCAAGUUUUGACUUGAGAAUUUGGACCGCGGCGCGAAUUUCUGCUCGUUUUCCCCCUUCCUGCACGAGUAGUAUUGUGUGUGAACGUGAUGCUUAAUGUUCAGCAUUCUCAGGUCGUUGCGCUCCGCCGGCAAGAUGUUCACCAACUCGUUCCUCCGCAAGGAGAAAAAAGCGGUGAGGCUUCUUUCUCGGAACGAAUUUAUUUGUAAAGUUAAAACAACUGAGCUGAGAAAUUCCUUUCCGUUUUUGCUGCAAGGUCAUGUCCAAAAAUAUUUUUUUUCGAAAAAGGUUUUGCGACCAAUCAUCGAUGAUUGUCAGAAUAUUCCAUGGUCUUAUUGAAAAUGUUCAGACCGUGACUCCGAAGUCUAAUGUCCCCACAAGGUCUCAGAUGCAGUUGAACGUCCGGAAUAGGUUUGCUUUUCUUUUGUUGAAAAAGUGUAACUCAAAAGUAACAUUUUUUUAUGAAAAAAACUACUUUUUCCGAUCUAAUUUUUUUAAUCAUUUCUUCAAAAAAAUGAUCAUAACAUUCAUUGAAAAUAAUAUUUUGAAAGUCGCAAAACGCUUCCUAGACGCAUUUUUUUAUUAAAACUUCAUGAAUUUCCAACCAUUUGGAGAAAAAAAUCUUAAUUUUUUUGGAAUUUCUCUAACGAAACAUGUUUUCUCACUUGCGAAACUUGAUAAAAUUUUUGAAUGCAAUUUUAUUGCACUCGUUGAUGUGGUGUUUGAAGGAACAUGAAAAAAAAGCGAAGUAAAUCGAAGUAAAUUUUAACCUCUUUUUUUUUAACUCCGCUCACUCGCAAUGAUUUUCGGAAGCUCCAGAAAACUGUCCAGUUUGCGGGAAAUUUCAAAACUUGUCCUUGAAGGUCUCUUUUUGAACUCAGAAUUGAGAACUUGCAUCUUCUUCCCCCCGACUGGAGAACUUGAAAGGAAUCCGCCACAUGCAUCGCUUUCUCAUUUUCUGAAACCAAAAGCAAACGGAUCAUGUUACACAAGGAUGGAAUAAAUUGAAGGCGAGCCCCGCUGGCCGAGUUCGAAUCGACGGUUGUCGCCAAUUCGCCGGCUGUCGAGAACCAUCCCAUCACCUUCGAGAAGUGGAACAAAAGUCCUAGAAAUCCCAGGUUUCUUUUUUCUUUUUCCGGUUUAUGGUUCAGCUUUCACAAAUGGAAACAAAAGAAAAGUUUUGUUUCGAUAAUUUCGUGGAUUCCAACCUCAUGCUCCUUCAAAUGCCUGAGCACGUUCUAAUGUUUUUGCACGAAUAUUUACGAUUUUCGUAGAAAUUUGAAGCCAUAAACUCUGAUUUUUCAUUCUGAUAGUCUUGACCAAAAACCGGAACUUUGAUCUUUCCUUCAAAAAGUUUCAUAAUCCAUAUUUAUCGAUUCUGACCUGUAAUUAUUGCGGCCUUUGAUCAAAGUUAAUGUUGCAAAUUUUGAGGAGGAAAGUGUAAAUGUUAAGUAAUGUUUUUUUAUAAGAGUUUAAUUUCGUUUUCUUUUCAAAUCUUGCUUUUUUUGAAAAAAAAAAAGAUUGAACGCAUUUAACUAAACUGUUCCAAAUCGAAGCUAAUGAAGUUAAAGUUCAUAUGAAAACUAGUUCCAUUGAACUUUGGAACUUGGAGGUCGUCGGAACCUGUAUUCUUUUUCAAGUUUUUAGUCUCUAACAGUGAAGUAGACUGUGUUUUGAUGAGAAAUUUUUGGGUUUUUUUGUAUUUUUUUACAGAGGAAGUUUUGCAGGCAACGGUUUUCUGAGACGAUUGCCGAAGAAAGCACCGACGCCAACGCUAAUUGCUUCCAUCGUGGUCAGCUUUUAUUAUAUUUUGUGAUAUGACGUUAUGUAAAGUUAAAAAACCUAGUAUUGACAUUUUCUAAAAAUCUUUCAGCAUAGAAAAAAGCCUAGAGAGUGGAUUUUCCAUAAACGUUUUCUGGGAUUUUCGUAGCGUAGGGUUUUGUCUAAUAACUAGUAAAUUGCGAAAUAUUCAAGUUUUUAAUACUAUCUUAACAUUUGAUUUAUUUUACUUCAACGAAACAGAAAUAAAGAUGCAAAAAAUUUUUUUCGUGGUCUCUCACUGUUUCUUUCGAAAACUUUUGAGACUGCUUAUGAACUUAUAGAUUAAACCUUGCUUAUCAUUAUUCUAACGAUAACUUUCGUAUGGUAAAAGAACAAAGGAGAGUGAGUUGGGUAAUUUUCGCGACGAGAAGCAAAUUCCAUUGUCUUUCCUCGGCCUUCAAAUUCGAUAAACUCAUGCGUCGACACAUUUUCUCCACGUUUCUUUUCUUGCUGUAAAACGUCAUUUGCACACUAAUUUCUUUCAGAGAGCGCCCAUCCGCACGAUCCAGGCCUCAUCGACGACGAGAUCCUGUACGAAUCACGUUUUUUUCCCGUUUUUUUUCUUCUUUCGUUUAUUUAGCUUGCAAUGAGGCUGUGGGCAGCAAGGCGGAUUUUUCAAUCCUGUCUGGGUUCUCAUUCUACUGGCUUCAUUCUUUGUUUUCUUUUUUGUUUGAAAUUUUUCCCGAAAAUUAUUCUCGGAAUAUUUUCAGAAAGAUGCUUUCAAAACCUUGAUAGUCCAAAAAAAAGUUGAGCUCAAAAUUCGCGCCCCUUUUUGCAGUUUUAACAACCGUCUAACGUUUUAUUACUUUUUAAAUUUUGGGUUUUUCGGAUAAAAUUCAAUUUUUCAGCUCCAUUUGCCUUAUACCAAACUAAAAGUUUUAUCCAAUUACAAUGAGAUUUUCCUGAGUGUUAGUGAGAACUGAAAUGCUUAUUGCUUGGUUUUUGGAUUCAGUUAUGCUCAUCCUUGAUGUAGUUGAUGAUUUCGGCAAAAUUGUAUCUCAAGUGGAAAAAAUAGCCCCAAAUAGAUUCCUUUCAAAAUCUAGCGUUCCGAACCUUAGAGUGAAAAAACUCCUCCCUUUUCAUUAAAUAAUGACGGACAUUCACAGUUUUCUUUCCGCCUAAAGAUGAAGCAGAUUAGAAAAAUCUUUCGAGCGAAAAAGAUUCUCAGAUCAAUCACGGAGCCAGAGAAAGUUCCAUGUAAGGAAGAUGUAUUGGAGCGAGAAGUUUUAUCUUGCCGUGGCAUCUUUUCUUCGGCCUUUUGGCCGUGCCAGUAGCAGAAGGAGAAGAAGCACCACUUAAUCCACUUCAUCCCUCGCCACAACUGCUGUCCAACCCCAAUUUUCAUUUGCACCCGCACAGCCUCAUUGUGUUCCACUCGAUAAGUCAAUUUACGGAGGGGAGAACGUUAGUCGAAAGGUCUUCUCGGUCUCGGAACCGAUUGGACUUUCCAGAUUCCUAGUCUUGGACAUCUUUCAUUGUUCGUUCCGUACAGCUUUUCAGUUCGAAACUCAGUUUUUCAUUUUUUUAUUUUAUUUUUUGACUCGAUGAUCAUUUUUCCGGUGAGAAGUUUAAAACAUGUCCAGCUCGUUUUAUGGAUUUUUUUCCCCUGAAAAAAAAAAGUCAAGACCAACUUUUGAGUUGAAAACGAGUUUUUUCGAACAAACUAUAACAGUAAAAACUAAAAAAAGAUGAAAAACUUGAUACUCCUACGCCUUCAUUUAUUUUGAUAAGCCUCCGCUGUCCUUUUAUCAAUGGAAUUUGUUCUCAGGGACCAGCCGAUGCUCGUCGGCGACACCUUCUCGCACUCCUCGUCGAUGGAUUGCAUCUCGACGACCCAAAGAAUCGACGCCUCCAUCGUCUCCAUCGACAGAAGCGCGUCUGGCGUCGGCGUCGUCACGAAUGGCCCCUCUGAACCGUUCGUUUCUUUUAUUUUUGGUUUGAAAUAGAAAAAAGCUUUGAUCGUUCCGACACUUACCGAAAUUUUCUUUCGUUAUCAAUUGAUGAUAAAAUGUGUUGCCCAAGUGAUAACUGAUUAUGUUGCUUUAUUACUUCAUUUUUUUGAAGAAUUCGAAAAAAAUUAAUAACUUGAAAAGUUCGUAAAAAAACAUAAAAAAAUUUAUUGAAUUAUAAAGGGAAUUGAGAUAUGUACGACGGCCACUGAAUUUUCUGGAAAGCUCACAAGAAGUCAAAUGGAACUGAAAAACUUUGAUUACACUGCAAUUUUUUUUUCAAAGAAAUUUGCACAGAAAGCAAACAUGUGAAGUUCAAUUGUUGGAAAAAAAAUGUUUAGAAUUCGUAACAAAAAUGAACUGGAAAAAAAGAAAAUACAGUUUGUACGUUAUUGCAGUGAAGAUUUUUGAUGUAGGAAAAAAAUGUUUGAAAAAAAAAAAAAAUAAAUAGAUAAAAGUAUCCAUUUGAUGAUUGUGCGAAAAAGCGCGAGAAUAGCCCUUGGAAAUUUUUUGGUCUUUUCCCUGGCCGAACGAACAUUUUUGUGUGUCAAUACAACACGGUCGAAUCCGCCGCCUGUCUUUGUAGGAAGGGCGUCGACUCUUCUCUUUUCUCGUAUCUUUUUCCCUUUUCUCCUCACUUUGAAUGGUCGACUGCCUACUUCCCACAUGGGUUUUGGCUUUCAUGAGGUGAAUUUUUGACAAAAAAUAGUCCUCAACUUGAAUUUCCUUGAUUUAUGUAUUUAUGUACUUGGUGGCCCCACAGCUGUGAUUGUAUUUUAUUUUUUGCUUUUUUAUUAGAGUCCGCAGUCCUUUUUUUUAAAGUACAGAUGAGUCUUAAAUUGCGAAAAUUCGUUGUACUUGGUAACAUUUAUUCGAUAGCUCACGAUCUGUAAGGUGUAACUUAAUGGAAGUCGUAAAUACACUUAUUAACUUAUAUAUUUUUCAUUGUAAUUUUUUUUUGAACUUUUUUUAGCUGAGGCUCGAUAAAAAGCGGUCCGGAGUUAAUUCAAAUAUUUAAUCUUCUGGUUUUGUGGGCGACAAAACAUUUGAAAAGCUUUAAAAAGAAGAUUUAGGUUCGGGAAAAAGCUCAACUUCAGUUUAAAUUAAGCUUCAAGAAACACACGUUGAAAAUCUUUUUUUUAUUUGUCGCAACCCGAAUUCUUGGGUUUCUUCUGAUCUUCACCACUAAAAAUGUGGUUUGAAGCUGAAUUUCACUUCAUUCCAUUCUCUCGAAAAGCUGAAGGUCAAAGUUUAGUUGACCUCCUGACAGGAAUAAGUUUCUUUUCCGACCCGCAAUGUUAUACGCUGUGUGUGUAAAGUUUCUGUUCAGUUCAAAAUUGACAAACUUUGGAUGAUUUUUCAAACGGAGAAGGAAUGUCCUCUGCAAAUAUUACAUGAAGACGGGGGUUUUGUAAGAAUCUUUAUGUGGUUUUUGAUACUAUAAGAGAAUCGAGAAGCAUCUUCAAAUCUUGAAGAAAUUAUUCGCAGGAGUAUUUUAAAGUUCAUAUCAUUCAAUUCAGAGAACUUGAAAUGAAUGUGAUAUUAUAUUAUCAAAAUUUGAUUUUCAGAAGAUCUCGCCAAGAUGACAAUCACAAUGGGCGGUCAUCACAGUGAGUUUUCCUUUUCAACUUUCGAAAAUCUUGAAUUUUUUUGAAAAAGUGGGAAAAGAAAUUGAUUGUCUACAAUUUAAACGAGGACCGCCGCAAUUUGUCAUUUGUCCAGCGGCCUUGAUUGAUUGGAUAUUUCGCCUUGGAUUUUCUCGUUUCUUUUCCCGACGUGGGCGAUUUUUUUCUUGACCUUUGAUUUAUUUUGAAAUGAGGGAAUGUUAGAAUUUUCAGGUCAGAAUAAACGAAUUUUUAAUAAAAAGGGGAACGGUUAAAUUAGUUUUGUUUGGAAUUUUUUUGAUAGGUUGAUAAAUUUCUUAUGAAAAAAACCAAACCGUGGAUAGAGUGAAAAAAAUACUUUUUGCAGAAGUUGAAAUGUCUUGAAUUUUUGAGAGAUCGAAAAACAACUUUGUUAGGCUAUGUUUCUUAAUAAUGUUAUUUGUUUACAAUGCUUCAAAAUGAAUAGAGAAGAUUUUCUAACAAUCUGUGUCAAUCUUUAUUUUUUGUAGUAGUUUGAACUUUAUAAAGUUUUUCACAUCAACCAUUAACUUUAUAAUAGUCUUUUUCAGUUUGUGAAGAAAUUGUUUUAAACUGAUCACUUUACGGUAUUCCAAUGACAUAGAAAAACUAGUUUGGCUAUAAAUAUUGGAAAAUGGGUUUAUGACUGGAAACGGAACGCCGAUAGUUGUGGAAAUGUUCGAUAAGGAACCGAUUACUAUGAUUCAUCUCACUGUCAAGUCAUAAGGAAAUUCCUUUCUUGGUAUUUUGAUCACAAGUUUUUCGGCUAGGAUUUCGGAGAAAAAGUAUUGGAUACUGUCUAUUGAUGAGAAAAUUUGUAUUUUCCAAUUUUCAUUUUUCAGUUCACUGACGGCUGCGGAAGCCCGCAAUCAGAAAAUCGAUGCAAGUAUCGAUGAAGUCGAAGGAAUUCGCGUCAAACUUCAGAUGCUCCAGGCCAUUGUAAAUGUAUGUUUUUUUUUCUGAAAGUUUCCAUUCAUUUUUUUCAAUUUCGUCGAUACCUUCGAAUCAAGACUGCUUUUUUAUUUUCGAAGUUUUCAAGGAGUCCUGAGUCUGAGAAAUCAACGUUGCAGGACUCGGGUUUGAGCGAGUGGGAAACCGAGAUGGAAACGUUGCGACGAGAAAAUGCUCGUCUGAAACGGGAACUCGCCGAACGUGACGCCGUCAUCGCUGCCCUUCGGUCGCCCAAACACGAUUAG